AUCUCUCUCUUAUCAGUUAUCAAUUAUUAGAAGCAUUUUUGUUGUCAUCUUCUUAUUGACUUUUAAGACCAAAAUACAUCCUGAUCUUUGCUUGUCCUCUUCUUCUUGACUUUUCCUACCGAAUACAUCCUGAUUUUUGGUCAAACAAGCUCUUGAUCAUUUAUGGGCAAAGCAAGAUCCAUGGUCAAGCUCUUCUUUUUGGUGAUCUGCUUACAGAUCAUUGUCCUAGCCCACAGAGCAACAGCAGAGACGACUACAGAGUUCAUUUUCCAUGGCUUUAAUGGAAACCAAUCAGAACUUCAAUUAGAAGGAGAUUCAACCAUCACGCCCAACGGACUACUGAGGCUCACCGAUCGAGAUUCAGACGUUGCGGGAACUGCUUUCUACGACAAACCGGUUAGACUGCUCGACAGAAAUAACUCCACGGUUCGUUCCUUCAGCACUUCCUUCGUCUUUGUCAUCAUCCCUUCAAGCUCAAACAACGGAGGUUUCGGCUUUACAUUCACACUAUCUCCAACUCCAGACCGUCCAGACGCGGAAACAGCUCAGUACUUGGGUCUUCUCAACAAAGAAGACGACGGCGAUCCGGAUAACCACGUGUUCGCAGUUGAAUUCGACACGGUUCAAGGAUACAAAGACAGCACAGACCGAAUAGGCAACCACAUCGGUCUAAAUUUCAACAGCCUCUCUUCACUCGUCCAAGAACCUGUGGCUUACUUCGACAAAGAAGGACACAAAGAAGACUUCCAGCUCACGAGCGGCGAACCGAUCCAAGUCUUCAUCGAUUACGACGGACCGACCAAAAUACUCACCAUCACCGUCUACCCGACCAGACUCGGAUCUAGGCCGACAACUCCUCUGAUCUCGCAACGCGUCCCUAAACUGCAAGAGAUCGUGCAAGAAGAGAUGUUCGUGGGAUUCACGGCGGCCACGGGGGACAAAUCUAGCGCGCAUUACGUGAUGGGCUGGAGUUUCUCAACCGGUCGGGUUCCAGCAGCUACGCUGAACCUCUCGGAGCUUCCUGCUCCGCCUCCCAACAGGGCGAAGAAGAGACGCUUCAACAAAGAGAUCAUCUCCCUGAUCGUGUCUUUAACCACCGUUAUAACGAUCAUGCUGGUCUUAUCGUUUGUCUUGUUGAUAUACAAAAGACGGUUAAACCAAGAAGAGAUUCUCGAGGAUUGGGAACUCGAUCAUCCACACAGGUUUCGAUACAAAGAUCUAUUUAAUGCUACGGAUGGAUUCAAUGAUAACAGGAUCAUAGGAAGCGGAGGAUUCGGAACCGUUUACAAAGGAAGCAUAACUAAAGACGACGACGAUCAAAUCGCAGUUAAAAAGAUAACUCCUAACAGUAUUCAAGGCGUUCGAGAGUUUGUCGCAGAGAUCGAGAGUCUAGGCCGUUUGAGGCAUAAGAAUCUAGUCAACCUACAAGGAUGGUGCAAACACGGAAACGACUUAUUGCUAAUUUACGAUUAUAUCCCUAACGGAAGUUUGGACUCCCUUCUCUAUAGCAAACCUAGACUAUGCGGUGCCGUUUUGACAUGGAACGCGCGUUUUCAAAUCGCGAAAGGGAUCGCGUCGGGUCUUCUCUACCUCCACGAGGAGUGGGAGAAGAUCGUGAUCCACCGAGACGUUAAACCUAGCAACGUCCUAAUCGACGAUCAGAUGAACCCCAGGCUCGGCGACUUCGGGCUCGCGAGGCUAUACGAGCGAGGAUCCCUCUCACACACCACCGUCGUCGUCGGCACGAUCGGGUACAUGGCGCCGGAGCUCACGCGCAACGGAAACUCCUCCUCCGCCUCCGACGUCUUCGCGUUCGGCGUCCUGCUGCUGGAGAUCGUCUCCGGGAGGAAACCGACGGACUCCGGGAGCUUCUUCCUGGCCGAUUGGGUCAUGGAGAUGCACGCGAGCGGCGGCAGCGGCGUGCUCCGCGCGGUGGAUCCGAGGCUCGGAUCGGGGUACGACGAGGGGGAGGCGAGGCUGGCGCUCGCGGUCGGGUUGCUGUGUUGUCACCCGAAGAGGGGAUCGCGCCCGGCGAUGAGGAUGGUGCUGAGGUAUUUGAACGGAGACGAGAAUGUUCCUGAGGUUGAGGUCUACUCGCAUUCUUCGAGUAGAUACUCUGUUCCCUCCGAUUUGAAAGAACCCUUGAAGGAGUGAUGUUAUUGAUUUUUUCUUUUCGGUUUUAAAAAUUAGUGUUAUAGAUUUAUUUAUUGCAAUUGUAAUUUAAAUAAAAUAAAAUUUGAAUGGUA